UAUAUUCACCCUUAUCUUCACGGGGCAGCCUCUUCCCCGUUAGCCCCUCCUCUGCGUGAAAAGCAGCUCUUGACUCUUAAGAAGUCAGCAGCUCCCAAAGUACAGAGCAGUACCCAUCAGUCAAGCUCCACUCACCAGGAUGAAGAAGAAGCUGAUCAUCGACGCCGACAUCGGGGUGGACGACGCUCAGGCCCUCAUGGUGGCCAUCGCGGACCCCGAUGUGGAGAUCUUAGGGAUCACCUGUUGCUACGGCAACACGCCCCUGGAGAACGUCCUCCGGAACACGCUGCGGGUCCUGAAGGUCUGCGACCGGCUGGACAUCCCGGUGUACCGCGGCUGUGCUGAGCCCCUGCUGGCCCAAAAACGCCACGCCGGAGAUUACCACGGGGAGGACGGGCUGGGGGACGUCCCGGAUCCGGAUGCUCCGGGCCUGGAGCUGCUGCAGAAGAAAAGAGGAGUUCUGGCCAUGAUCAAGAUGAUCAACCAAAACCCCGGAGAGGUGAGCCUGGUUGCCAUGGCGCCCCUCACCAACCUGGCAGUUGCCAUACAACUGGACCCCUCCCUCCCCAAAAAGCUGAAGGCGCUCUACAUCAUGGGGGGAAAUACUGAGUCCAGGGGCAACACCACCGUGUGCGGGGAGUUCAACUUCGUGGCUGACCCCGAGGCGGCCUACAUCGUGCUGGACCGCUACACCUGCCCCACCCACAUCGCCUCGUGGGAGUUCACCUGCAGGAACAGCCUGCCGUGGGCUUUCUGUGACCGCUGGCUGGGCCAAAACACAGAGAAGGCGGCUUUUAUGAAAAAGAUCACGUACCUCUCCAUGAAGAAAGCUCAGUCGGCGGACUACCAGAAGGAGGUCACAGAGGGGAAGGGCUUCAACCCCUGCGACACCUACGCCAUGGCCGCCGCCAUCGACGGCGCGCUCAUCACGGAGAGCGAGGAGGUCGCCGUGUCGGUGGAGCUGGAGGGGACCUACACCCGGGGCAUGAUGGUGCUGGACUACAUGGACCUGCUCAAGAAGAAGCACAAAGCUGUGGUGAUGAAGAAGGUGGACUUGGAGAAAUUCAAGCAAAUGUUCAUGAACUCACUCAAGUAGAAGGACGUUGGUUCACCAGAUUGAAUAAAGCAGAACAA